GAAAGGGCAUACAAGGUGCUACCCUUAUUAUAAUAAAAAUGCUAAAGAUCGUAACAAGUUUUAUGAACCACGAACUGUUUAGGAAAUGCGAAGAGAUAUGUCCAAUGCAACAACAGCAAACAAAAUAAAUGGAAUGAAAGGAGAGAGUGGUAUUCUUCAUCUAGAUGGCUUUAAUUUAGCCAAUGGAUGUGUUUCUGACUACAUGCAUGGUAUUUUUCUAAGAGCUGUUUACAAACUCCUGGAUUUAUGGUUUUCAUUGUCAUCUACAAAUGAAAGGUGUUUCAAAGGAAAACAUAUCAAAGAAGUGGCAAGACGUGUUGGAGAAAUGGCAGCACCUUAUUUUAUUGAGCAUCUUCCACACAGAGAUUUUGAUACACAGUAUACACAUUUAAAAGCUACAGAACUUCAAGCUUUGAUGUUAUAUUAUGCCACCCCCUGCCUUGCUCGGAUUCUUCCCAAAGAGUACCUUUCUCACUUUGAACUGUUGAGUCAGUGUGUAUUUUUGCUUCUGGGAGACAAUGUCACUCAG